UAUUCUUCAUUUUAAAUUAAGUACAUUCGAGUCGGACGUAUUCGCAUCUAGGUAUUGUUAUGUAUCAUGGCCUGGAACUGUGCUGAGAAUGUGAUAAGCAUGGAAGCUAAGCAUAAAGUUGAGAAGUUAGAUAAGAGGUUAUACAAUGUUAAAACAAACCAUUAAAGUAUAGAUUUUAAUCUCUCGCCCAAUUGUUAUGGCAAAUAAAUAAUUAAACACGAUCAAUUCAAAAGCUUCUAGACUCGGACUAGCAACCUGUCAUUCGACUUUGAACAACGGGUUGUCACUUUGCAGGGAUUAGUUGAUGGCUCACGAAUUGCAAACUACAAGCAAAAGAAACUUCUCUUAUUUAGAAUUAAUUUAUUAUUUACAUAUAAUAAUCUCUUACAUAGAAUUAAUUUCAAGACAUAUAUAAUAUUUAUUUUAUAUCAAAUACUGUUCACUUUUAAAUGCUAUUUUCUUCCUAGUUUCUUCCCCGAGAUUGCUUUUCGUAUUGCAAUGCAUUGGCGCCACUUAUUUGAAUCGACGCCAUAUUCAAUUUUAGUUCGCUUGACGGAUAUCGUAGGUAUGAGGGCACUAAAAACGCUUGUCGCAUGAGGUAAUGCAGGUUUUUUUGUUUGUUUUAUACAAUAAAAAGAGGUAAACAGGUACGUACAUACAUACAUGGAAGAUUUGGUGGCCUCAGUCGAAGGUGAUUAUCUGGAAGAUCCAACAAAAUACGUCGUACGAGAAAUGGAGCCGGGACCAUAUUAUGGAUCUGAUGAAGAAGAGAUCCUACCACAUGUAGCCUCAUUAUCGAUGCAUCCAAGACCAGAUAUGCUUUCAACUGUUCCACCGGGGGUUAAACAAGGAGACAUUAUAAUUCCAGCCCAAUACAUAUAUGAUAAACUAAAUAGUAUUGAAAAGAAGAUAGACUCUGUUAUGAGUAGUCUUUCAGAUAUUGAAAAACGACAACAGGCUACACAUGAUAUGAUGAUCAUCCUACAACGCUCGCUUCCUCGUUACACUACUCCAGCUAUUUCUCAACAUCGUUAUCCUAUAAUCGAGCGUCGCCUACAAUAAAAUAAUAUAAAUAUAUUUAUGAACUAUUGGCAUAAUAAAAAUGUGAUCUAAAUUGGUUGUGGUUAGAAAUUGAUGAAUAUCAAUAUAUUUAAAUUAUAUAGUGUUUGUUUAAAAAAC